AUGGGCAGGCAGCCGUGCUGCGAGAAGGUGGGCCUGAAGAAGGGGCCGUGGACGGCGGAGGAGGACCAGAAGCUCGUCGCCUUCCUCCUCUCCCACGGCCAUUGCUGCUGGAGGCUCGUCCCCAAGCUCGCAGGGCUGCUGAGGUGCGGCAAGAGCUGCCGCCUGCGGUGGACCAACUACCUGCGCCCCGACCUCAAGCGUGGCCUCCUCUCCGACGACGAGGAGAAGCUCGUCAUCGACCUCCACUCGCAGCUCGGCAACAGAUGGUCCAAGAUCGCGGCGCGGCUGCCGGGCAGGACGGACAACGAGAUCAAGAACCACUGGAACACCCACAUCAGGAAGAAGCUCAAGAAGAUGGGCCUCGACCCCGUCACGCACCAGCCCGUCGCCGCCUCCCGCGCCGACCCCCUCCAGGACCCGCAGCAGGACCCCCACUGCGACGGCAAAGCCUCGUCCCAAGAAUCGGCCGGCUACGGCACCGGCGCUAGCGCCGAGGAGGAGGCGCUGACGAGCGCCGAGCCGAAGCAGGGCGCCACCUGCUCUGCCUCCACCGCGUCGGCCGUGUCGCCGUCCCCCUGCUCCUCCUCGUCCGCCUCGGCCUCGGCCUCCGCCGCGACGCCCGGCGGCGCCGACGUGGACUGGCCGGACCCCCUCGACCUCUUCCAGGUCGACGCCAUCAUCGACAUGGACUGGGCCAGCAUCUUGUCCGGUAGCGGCGGCGGCGGCGACAUUGGCGUCGAUCUCUUCGACCAGUGCUCCGACGUCGGCUUCGAUCAAGAAGUGUGGAUGUGA